AUGGCUGAAAACUUGGUCGAUGGAGAGUUCUGGUUACCACUACAGUUUCUCUCCGACGACGAAGAUGGCAGCGAGUUAACCACCCUUUCAUUUCUAUCAAAAGAGAAACCUUCUCAGCUCCUCAACAAUGGCGAAGAUAUUCAUCCUUUUCCCUCUGAGUUCCCUUAUGGCUUCGCUUCUUCUGAUUUCAGUUCCUCUGUGGACUCUCCCAGUGGUUCAAGCGAAACAGAAAGUGACGAGGAUGAAAAGCACAUGGCUGAGUUGACUCAUCGCAUGGGCCGUUCCACCCUCCAAGGCAAUUCCAAAACCUCUGAUAAUAACUUGGGUCGUUUUGUGUCAGGCUCACCGCAAUCUACCCUAUGUGCUUUUGGGAGUGGUUGUAGAUGCCGUAACGUUUCAAGUUCAAGCCAUGGUAGUCCUAACAGUGUUUGUGAGGUUUCUUCCUCAAAGGCUACUUGGGAUCUGCUGCAUGCGGCUGCGGGUGAAGUAGAAAGGAUGAGGUUGAACCAGCAACGUUAUAACUCUCAAAAACUUUCCCCUAUUACUCUAUCCUCCAAAAACAACACUGUUUCUACCAAUCAUGAAAUGGGUUACUUCACUCAACAUUCACUUUCUCACCAGCAAUUGCAAAUUGCACAAUUUCAGAUGCUGAGACAGCAACAAAUGGCUAAACAGAACUCAAUGUGGGGAGGUGUGCAGAACCAAUAUGGGGGUGUAUUUGAAAAUCAACAACCCAAUCAUACAGCACAUAACAAAGGAAGAAACAUUGGUGAUACUAAUGGUGUUGAUGGGAUGAGAAACACAAGCACAGGCGCUUUAGGUUUGUCUUCAUCUGCAUGGCCAACACUUCAACAUGCCAAACAACAGCAGUUUUAUAAUCAAGCCAAACAACAGCAGAUUAACAAUCAACAAUUUGGGUCAGGAAUGAGAGCUGUUUUUCUGGGAAACGGUUCGGGAAGAAGGGAAAGUGCUGGCACAGGCGUGUUCUUGCCUCGUCGUGUCGAUUGUCCUGCUGUAUCACGGAAAAAACCAGUAUGUUCAACUGCGUUGGUUCCAGCUAGGGUGGCCCAAGCCCUAAAUCUGAACCUUGAUGAGUAUGUAGUGGGACAGCCUCAACAACACUUGCAUCUGCAUCGUUUUAAUUCCAUCUCUAAUCCGGACAAUGUAGCCCCUCCUAGGCAUAGGGGUAAUUAUGUCCAUUCACAUCAGAAGCACAUCAACAACAACAUCAGCAGGCCACAGCCAGCAGUGAGCAAUGAAAUCAGCCUUCCCAAGGAGUGGACUUACUGA